AUGUCAAGUGAGGCUCUGCGAGUCUGGCUCGUCCUAGUCCUCCAGCUGAGGUGCGCCACGGUGCUGCUGGCCGGCCCGGUAGCGACGCGGGCAGGCUUGGAGCCCACCAGGAAGUUGACGGAGAAGCUCGGCACCUUGUUCAAUUUGAAGGACCUACUCCGAGGCGCAGCUGUGGCGCCGCACAAGAAGGCGCCUCAGUUUAUGUUGGAUCUUUUUAACGCCUUGACCCUAUCGGACGGGACAUCCAAAAGUCAGAAGGAAAUUCUGGAAGGAAAUGUAGUGCGGAGUUUAGAAAAUAAAGGUCAUUCUGGUGAGAGAUUUCACUUUUUCAACCUCUCUUCAUUCGGAAGAGAGGAGAGGAUGAUAAAAGCCGAGUUCCGUUGGUUUAGAAGGAAACAGAAGUUUUCCCUUGGAAAGUCAUACAGGUCCCAUUUCUAUAAGGUGGAUCUUUAUGAGGUGCUGGAUAGCCAAGUGAAACCUUGGAGAGGUAACCUGAUCACCUCCAGACUGGUUCCUCUUUACACGCAAGGAUGGGAAAUCUUUAAUGUCACACAAACGGUGGCCAAGUGGAUCCACAACAGCCAAGAGAACAACGGUAUGCUGGUGGUGACCACGCUACCAUCUGGGACCUGGAUGGUAACGGUGGUUUCUCCAUCCAAGCAGCCAACAGACAAUAAUGCCUACUUGGUUAUAUUCUCUGAUGAUGGGAGGACAGGAGCAUCAAAUCAGUCAUACCUUGAACCAGCCCAUACUGCAGCAGCUGCACCUGACCACCCCACUCGGAGGCGACGUGGCGCCCCACCUUUACCCCGCAGCAGCUAUUCCCAGUCCUGCCAGCGUGUCUCCCUAUUCGUGGACUUUGAGGAGAUCGGCUGGUCAGGGUGGAUCAUCUCCCCGAGGGGAUACAACGCUUACCACUGCAAGGGCUCCUGCCCAUUCCCACUCGGGGGUAAUCUCCGAGCCACCAACCAUGCUACGGUGCGCUCAAUCAUGCACGCUCUGAAGCUGUCCACUGACGAAGUGGACGCACCGUGCUGCGUGCCAGACAGACUCCAGUCCAUCAGUUUGCUAUAUUUCGAUGACGAGGAGAACGUUGUGUUGAAGCAGUAUGACGACAUGGUGGCGCUGAGCUGUGGUUGUCACUGACGGCUCACAACAAUGAGACAA